CUAGAGGCCUAACGGUAGGUGGAUUUGGUAACAACCAAUGUGAGAAUUUCCCACUACGAAUUCUAACAAGAGAAAAUAGAGGCUGGUUAGGGACAGAAAAAGGUGAAAGAAAUCGAGAAGUAUUUAAUUUGAAGCGAGUUUCCAGCUUUCAUGGCCACUCAGAUAUCCAGCCCACUUCGGAAUACUUGAUGUUGAUAGGUUGAGUGAUGCUACGCUGGACACUGCGCCUUUUACCCCGCCUACUUCCUGUCCGCCUGGGCUUGUGGUUAUUGCUGAUUGAUGACUAUCAUUCGUCUCUUAUCUUACAACAAUAUAAUCGAUUUGAAUCCCAGACGAAUGUAUGAGCUUUCCAUGAAAAGAAGUCGGUGUUUGGUAUUUAGUUCAAAUCAUAACGUAUAGCUAUGUCUCGGUACUGCGAAAUAUUAGACGAAAUUCGAUCGCGCUUUAUCCGAACAGGCUCAGCCACAUCAGAUACCCGGCUACAAGAAAGGUAUCUCCUACGAUCGAUUUAUGCUUGGUCAGAUUUUCCGAGCUCUCUGGCGAUUAUAUUAUCAGCAUGCACUUCGCUGUCGAGCGGUGUAUUACUUGGGCCACAGCUGGCCUCCUGUCUGGGAUCCGAUUCACCAGCAUCUUUACUUGCGUCAUUGUUACGGAAAACAUCGAACACUCUACCCGACACUGUGUCAAUUCCGAAAACAGCUAAGCUCGCGCUCGCGCUCCACUGUUAUAGUAUGACGACUCUUUCUCUAUACAAGACGAUGGGGGAUUGCCGCCGCAGAAAGUUAACAUCUGGGGUCAUAUUGUUGGUUGGACUAGCUGCCUUGUCGUCUUCCGCUAGUUCAGAAGGCACGUGGGUCGAAAAGGAGGCCGAAGUAAUUACGGUCUUACCGUUAUUGAUGUCUUUAUCUUUGCUUCUUACCUUGGGGUUUUAUUCCUUGAGGCAACAGAACAGUUCGACUCCACAGGUUCAUAGCGAUAAAGGUUAGGGGGUCAGUAAGAGAUCAUACUACCGAAGCUUGAUGUUGAAUAGAGAAGAGAUUAUGGCGGUGCUGUACAUCCAGCAAAGAAUAGUCAGAAUGUUGUGAUUAUUC